CCUUGCUUCACCGUAGCGGGGCUCCAGGGACGUUCAUCCAGCGGCUGCUGCGGCGCAAGCCGAAGGUUCCCACACCAGAUUUCUAGAUGCGUUGAAGUGGGUGGCACCUCCUUGCCCGCUGCUUUGGUGAACGGAAAUAAACUGAGCUUCAUCUCGAGGGGAAGAGCACCCCAUGGAUGUUCUUGCAGUGGCUGCUGCAAUGAAGGCAGACUGUUGAAAUUCCCAGACCAGAUUCCUCUGUCUGUCUGGGGAGGUGGCAUCUCUUCCGGCACUCCUUGGGCGAAGGAAUGUUGUGCUGCAGAGAAACAAAAAGGGACCCACUGCAAGCUCUGCGCAGAGAAAGGCUCUUGGAGCACUGCUAGGUACAUCGAAAGCAUGUUAGAUCGCUACAGGGGCAUGAUUGACUACAGCAUUUCACAUGUCAGGUGA